ACAAAAAAAUGAACUUAAAACUUUAAAGUUAUAAAAUUUAAAAUAAUUUUACAGUUAUAGAAAUAAAUUUAGUGAUAUCACACCAAAACUAGUUUGUAUUCAGCAUCUUCUCCCAUUCAAAGUUUGUAUGUGGAUGCUUAUGAGCUUCCACUAUCUCUUAGGAGAGAACAGUUGUCUCUUUGUUAUUGCAUUAAACAGAAAUCUCAGAACAAACUUUCAGCUGAUUGUUCAGAUACUCAGCUGAAAAGAUUAUUUGCAGCUCGGACGAGUAGUGUCCCUACAUUUAACAUAAGAAUGGAGAACGUAAGCAGCACAAUUGACCUGGACACAAGCAAUAUUUCAUAGCUAGAUGUUGAUAGUAUAUCUCCUUGGUCAACUCCUCCAAUAAAUGUCGACCUUAGCUUAAAGCAGUUUCUUAAGGAAUCCACUCCAGAUUAUGUUUACAGACAGCACUUUGCAGAAAUUCAACACCGUGACAGGAAUUUAAUUCCUAUUUAUACUGACGGAUCUAAAUCAGAUGAUUAUGUCGGCUCAGCCUUUGUUUGCCAGAAUGAAAUCAUGGCAGAACAAAUUGCACUGAAUUCAUCCAUCUUUACUGAAGAGCUGCAGGCUAUUUACCUAGCCUUAAAGUAUGUAAUCAAAAAAGGUCAUCGUUGCUGUGCGAUGUACACCGACUCAGUUAGUGCACUUCAGGCUUUGAUCUCGCGUGAACCUAGUUCUCACUCUAUAGUGAUUAAAAUCCAUAAACAGUUUUGCCAUCUUUUUGCAAGUAAUAUUUCUGUAAAAUUUUGUUGGGUCCCAGGCCUUGUAAGUAUAAGAGGAAAUGAAGAAGCUGAUGCAGCUGCAAAGUCAGCUAGUCCUUCACAGCAUUCAAUUCAUAUUGAAGGAGGUGAUUUGAAGCUAGUCAUUAAAAAACGACUAGCAGAGAGAUGGCAAAAUGUGUGGAAUGCACAAGUCCACAAUAAACUACAUGAGAUCAAACCUAUGAUAGAAAAUUGGACACAUAAGAAAUCUUAUGACAGGAGAUCUGAGGUUAUUUUCACUCGUUUGAGAAUUGGACAUACUCGGUUGACUCAUCAAUACUUUUUGAAGAGCAACAAGCAGCCAGCCUGCCAGUAUUGCAACUGUUCUCUUACUAUAAAACAUAUACUGCUCGAUUGCUCUGCCUUUGAGACCAGGCAUAGACAAUAUUUUGGGACAGGGUGUUUGACAGGGAUUCUGGGCUAGAGGCCCAAUGUUCAUAAUGUAUUGGACUUUUUAAAGGUCGCUAAUUUGCAUAAAGAAAUUUAACUAUUUAUUUAUUUAUUUUUCACUUUUUUGUGUGUUGUUUGUUUGUUCUUAUUAUGUAGAUACUCGUUGUUGUAUUUUUUGUUGCUAUUUUAUAUAAUAUAGACAUAUUGAGUUGGGAAAAUUAACCAUUUGGUGUGGUACAGCUUGGCCUUUGUGGCCCUUGUGCCAAAAAAUGCUACCAACCAACCAUCUGGCUCAAAUUUGCUAUUAAAGAUUUUCUCUUAAUUUAUUUAAUGCAUUAGUAAGAAAUUUUCAUAUUAGUAAAGUUUCUUAAAUUUAAUCCAUAUUUUGUUAAUU